GCGCCCCGGCGCCCCGGGCCGGCGAGGGGCGCGCCCGUGGCCGCGGCCGCUGCAUGGCGCUGAGAUGGCGGGGGCGCCGCGCGGCCAAGGCGGCGUCGGAGGCGCGGGCGAGCCCGGGGGCGCAGAGCGGGCGGCCGGGCCGGGCGGCCGGCGCGGGCUCCGGGCGUGUGGCGAGGAGUUCGCGUGCCCCGAGCUGGAGGCGCUGUUCCGCGGCUACACGCUGCGGCUGGAGCAGGCGGCCACGCUGAAGGCGCUGGCGGUGCUCAGCCUACUGGCGGGAGCCCUGGCGCUGGCUGAACUGCUGGGCGCACCGGGACCCGCGCCUGGCCUCGCCAAGGGGUCUCACCCGGUGCACUGCAUCCUCUUCCUGGCGCUGUUCGUGGUCACCAAUGUCCGAUCCCUGCAGGUGCCCCAGCUGCAGCAGGUCGGUCAGCUGGCGCUGUUCUUCAGCCUCACCUUCGCGCUACUCUGCUGCCCCUUCGCGCUGGGUGGCCCGGCGAGGGGCUCUGCGGGAGGCGCAGUGGGAUCCGCGGUUGCUGAGCAGGGGGUUUGGCAACUCCUUUUGGUCACCUUCGUGUCCUAUGCCUUGCUGCCCGUGCGCAGCCUACUGGCCAUCGGCUUCGGGCUGGUGGUGGCUGCCUCUCACUUACUGGUCACAGCCGCCUUGGUCCCUGCCAAGCGCCCACGUCUCUGGAGGACGCUCGGUGCCAAUGCCCUGCUCUUCGUGGGUGUGAACAUGUAUGGCGUCUUCGUGCGGAUCUUGACGGAGCGCUCACAGAGGAAGGCCUUCCUGCAGGCUCGAAGCUGCAUUGAGGAUCGGCUGCGGCUGGAGGAUGAGAACGAGAAACAGGAGCGGUUGCUCAUGAGCCUCUUGCCCCGGAAUGUUGCCAUGGAGAUGAAGGAAGACUUCCUGAAGCCCCCAGAGAGGAUUUUCCACAAGAUUUACAUCCAGAGGCACGACAACGUGAGCAUCCUGUUUGCAGACAUCGUGGGUUUCACAGGUCUGGCAUCCCAGUGCACGGCCCAGGAACUGGUGAAACUGCUCAAUGAACUCUUCGGCAAGUUUGACGAGCUAGCCACGGAAAACCACUGUCGCCGCAUCAAGAUCCUGGGGGAUUGCUACUACUGUGUGUCAGGCCUCACCCAGCCCAAGACCGAUCACGCCCAUUGCUGUGUGGAGAUGGGACUUGACAUGAUCGAUACCAUCACAUCCGUGGCCGAGGCUACUGAAGUAGACCUGAACAUGCGUGUCGGGCUACACACCGGCAGGGUCCUCUGUGGUGUCCUGGGCCUACGCAAGUGGCAGUACGAUGUAUGGUCCAAUGACGUGACCCUGGCCAAUGUCAUGGAGGCUGCUGGCUUACCUGGGAAGGUUCACAUCACAAAGACGACCCUCGCAUGCUUGAAUGGGGACUACGAGGUCGAGCCCGGUCAUGGCCACGAGAGGAACACCUUCCUGAGAACUCACAACAUCGAGACCUUCUUUAUUGUGCCAUCCCAUCGGAGAAAGAUAUUUCCUGGCUUGAUUCUCUCUGAUAUCAAACCAGCCAAGAGGAUGAAGUUCAAGACUGUCUGCUACCUGCUGGUGCAGCUCAUGCACUGCCGGAAAAUGUUCAAAGCUGAGAUCCCUUUCUCCAACGUGAUGACCUGUGAGGACGAUGACAAGCGGAGGGCACUGAGAACAGCCUCGGAGAAGCUCAGAAACCGCUCAUCCUUCUCCACCAAUGUGGUGUACACCACUCCGGGCACACGUGUCAACAGGUACAUCAGCCGUCUUCUUGAAGCCCGCCAGACAGAGCUGGAGAUGGCAGACCUGAACUUCUUUACCCUGAAGUACAAACACGUCGAACGGGAGAAAAAAUACCACCAGCUUCAGGAUGAGUACUUCACCAGCGCUGUUGUCCUUGCCCUCAUCCUGGCUGCCUUAUUUGGGCUUGUCUACCUUCUGAUAAUUCCACAGAGUGUGGCUGUCCUGCUGCUGCUGGUGUUUUCUAUCUGCUUCUUGGUGGCCUGUAUCCUGUACCUGCACAUCACACGGGUCCAGUGUUUUCCAGGGUGCCUGACGAUCCAGAUUCGCACUGUUUUGUGUGUAUUCAUAGUGGUCUUAAUCUACUCAGUAGCUCAAGGAUGUGUGGUGGGCUGCCUGCCCUGGGCCUGGAGCUCUCAGACCAACAGCUCCCUAGUGGUCCUUGCAGCUGGCGGCCGGCGCACUGUGCUUCCUGCCUUGCCCUGUGAGUCUGCACACCAUGCCCUGCUCUGCUGCCUGGUGGGCACCCUCCCACUAGCCAUAUUCCUGCGGGUGUCCUCCUUGCCAAAGAUGAUCCUGCUGUCGGGGCUGACCACAUCCUACAUCCUUGUCCUGGAGCUCAGUGGAUACACCAAGGUUGGGGGUGGUGCCCUCUCUGGGCGCAGCUAUGAGCCAAUCAUGGCUAUCCUGCUGUUCUCAUGCACACUGGCCCUGCAUGCCAGGCAAGUGGAUGUCAGACUGCGGCUGGACUACCUCUGGGCAGCACAGGCUGAAGAGGAGCGGGAUGACAUGGAAAGAGUGAAGCUGGACAACAAGAGGAUCCUCUUCAACCUCCUGCCCGCCCACGUCGCACAGCACUUCCUCAUGUCCAAUCCUCGGAACAUGGACCUCUAUUACCAGUCCUACUCCCAAGUGGGCGUCAUGUUCGCCUCCAUCCCCAACUUCAAUGACUUCUACAUCGAGCUGGACGGCAACAACAUGGGGGUUGAGUGUCUGCGGCUCCUCAAUGAGAUCAUUGCUGACUUCGAUGAGCUCAUGGACAAGGACUUUUACAAGGACCUGGAGAAGAUUAAGACCAUUGGGAGUACCUAUAUGGCUGCCGUGGGGCUGGCGCCCACAGCAGGAACCAGGGCUAAGAAGUCAAUCUCUUCCCACCUGAGCACGCUGGCAGACUUUGCCAUCGAUAUGUUUGACGUCCUGGAUGAGAUCAACUACCAGUCCUACAACGACUUUGUUCUCCGAGUCGGUAUCAACGUUGGCCCUGUGGUGGCUGGAGUGAUUGGAGCUCGCAGGCCCCAGUACGACAUCUGGGGAAACACAGUCAAUGUGGCCAGUCGGAUGGACAGCACUGGGGUCCAGGGCAGAAUCCAGGUGACUGAGGAGGUCCACCGGUUGCUGAAGAGAUGCUCAUACCAGUUUGUGUGCAGAGGCAAAGUCAGCGUCAAGGGGAAGGGAGAGAUGCUAACGUAUUUUCUAGAAGGCAGGACUGAUGGAAACAGUUCCCAUGGCAGGACCUUUCGCUUGGAGCGGAGAAUGUGUCCUUAUGGGAGAGGCCAGCCCAGACGGCCCCCACUAUGUCCUGGAGCUGGACCCCCGAUGAGGCCGGGCCUCCCCCCAGCCCCCACUGGUCAGUUCCUGCCAUCCACAGCAGCAGGGAAGGAAGCCUAGUGGAGCCCAUGGGCCACUGGAGAUGCAUGCAAAGCAAGAAUGCUCCAGGGUGACACAAGCCAUCAUGGCUCCAGCCAAGACCAGCCAGAAGAGCAGUUGCUAAGUGGCUGGGCUGGAGAAGCAGCAUCGUCUAGGUGUGGCCUGAGGCCAAUGGGAGAUGUGCCCAAGCUACCCACUUGGGGCAUAUGGAGCCCUGUCUCUUCCUAGUGACCUGGUUAUGCCUGGCUAGCGUUGGCAUUGGUGGGACCUUGGGAAUAUCUUCCAUGGUCAUAGCAAAAGCUAUGGAGGUCCAUCUGGCAGAGGAGCCCACCAUGACUGAGCCCCAAGUCAACCUGGCUUAUGGGUGACUCCAGCCCUGGUAGGCCCUGGCUUAUGGGUGGUGGCUCCAACCGUGGCUAGCAGAUUUGAGUGCCAGACUGGGAAGCUGGCCCCGCUGGGCAGGGCCAUGACAGUUGAGUUGUUUAUGCCAUGGGCACAGCUUAGAGCUUGUCAGGUCUUGGACAGGACAGGACAGGAAGAAUUGAAAAGCCACCUCCUACAGCACAAAGAGUGAAAAUUGCUGGCUUUCCUCAAAGUAGGCUUUUGUUAACAGCCAGAGGCAGGUCUUCUGGAAUCCUCAGGGGGCCCCACAGCCCCACUUCUCUCCUCCUGGCCUGUGCAUUCUCUUCCAACCCCACCUGCCCGCUGGUUCCUGACUCCUGUGGCAGCGAGCCCUCUUCUCCCGUGCCAUCACCGCACAUUCAGGGAAGAGGGGCCUGUGCUGAUUUGCCUUCCCUGGGGUGUCUUGGACACCGUUAAGUGUCACGAGAAUCAAGCCUUCAUUUAUGCUGAGUGAUUGGGCCACUACACCCACGAGCACUUUCCUUGCUGGAAGACCUCAUUCCUCUGACAUAACCAUUCCUCCUCUUGGGGGUUUCGGAGUUGGCAGAGUGUGUGUUCCUGAGUCUUAGGUGUGGUCUCCCUGCUCCAGAAUGAAGAAGGGAGUCUCCCAUCUGCGUUUCCCCACAACUGCAGCUGAGAUGAAAACCGCGAGUGUGGGGAAUAAGGAGUCUGGAAGAACUGCUAGGAAGCAAUGGGCCAGAAAUAGCUGAAUGAAACCUGGCUUCUGGAGAUACUCAGCCUCACUCACAGGAAGGAAGGCAGCUUGAAACAGGGCGGGUGGGCGUAAGCCCUGCCUGCUCACAGCUGUAGAGACCCGUGUUCUCACUGCUCCCCAAGGACUUUGCCCUGCCUAAGGUCCUGUCUUCUUAGACUAGGGCAGAGCUUUCCCUGGCAGGCUGCAUAUUUGGGGUCCCUGGUUCCCAACUCAGCUCUGGCUCAAGUGUGUGGCCAGGCUGGGGCCUGGGUAGUUUUACAGGUCAGCCAGCUCCUAUCCUGGGAGACUAGGGCGAGGCUAGACUCAGGUGGCAUGUGGGUAGGAAGAAAGUGUCGAGCGAAGGAGAGAGGAGGGGGCAGCAUGCGAAGUCUCCAAGUCCCCGAGACUGUAGACUGCACUGCAGGUGCCCUAGGGUAGGGUGAAGCAGCUGUGAAGACUGCAUAUUCUCUAUGGGCUGCAGCUUGUGGUUGAUGGUAAAGGUAUCCUCUGGCACCUUCUGCAGGGGAAUGUUGACCUGUGCUCACUCUGCUCUGUUGCCUUUCUGAUGAUAUCAGGCAAUGUGGGAUGGCCAUCAUUUGCUGCCUUUCUGUCAUUCUAUUCUGGCCAGAACCCAGAGCCAGGGCCAGACUGACCUCCGCACUCCCCUGUAGCAUUCAGGGUUGGAGGGCCAGUAGCUUCAUCCUCUUCUGGUGGGCAUGUCUAGUUCCUGUGGCUUGGUAUUUUGAUAUAACAGUGCUGGGGGAACACUGACUCCAGUAGAUCUGAGGGCGGGGGAGAGCUCUUGGGUUUCUCGCACGGUCCAGAAUUCCAUCAGAGAUUGCAUUUACAGGAAAGCUUUCAGGCUGUUGGGGUGGGAUAGGGGUGGCUCUGAGGAGAGUCAGAUUCAUCUGAGCCAGAACCUGGCUAGGGCACACAAAUAGUCACUCUUUGUGCCUCUGCCUGCUCCCAUGUUUUCCUAUCCUUGGGACAAAUAGCUUUUCCUCAUGGGCUUCUUUUUCCACUGGGACUUUCUCACCUGUCUGUUUGUCUUAACCGUUUUGAAGCAGUCAGCUCAGGCAGGAGCACCCAGAGCAAGUGAGUACAUUGUGGCCCUGGCUCUGUGGGCUGUGGUUCAGUCCCUGGCUUUCUAGGUCAUUAAGGAUGGCAGAAAACCUCUGGCACAGCCUGUGUUUCCUCUGAGUGCCUUUGGGGCCUCCAGAGCUACUGCGUCCCUGGGCUGUCCAGGUUAGGCACAGAGGCAUGGUUCUCAUAGAUGCCCACAAGAUAGCCCCAAGCCCUGUGUGUGUGUCAGCCAAGGAGCUUUAUGGGGGGACUGAGGGUGGCCGCUGAAGGAUGAGAAAGGAUCCUACCUAGACUGCACCAGUGGGGUUGGUGCAGACACAUGGCCUCUCAGAAGUCAACAGGAAGAUGGACAGGCUGGGAGAGGUGUGAAGUACACACUGAAGAGACCUGUGCGGGCAACACAACUCCAGCCAACAAAGCAGCCAGGAUGUCACUCCCACAACCACGGGGAACUGAAGUUGGCCCUAGCAUGAGAAAGCAGCAGGUAGACCUUCAGAGCCAUCAGGAAGGAGCCCAGUGACACCUGGAUCUGACCUCUAAGACUCGGAGCAGAGCCAGCCGAGGUCUGUAGCACUGCUCAUACAUGGAGUGUGCAAAAUGGAGAUCACAUGGGUGCUUGGGCAGAGCCACCCACAGUGUGGUCAGAGCCAGAGAAAGCAAUCGUAUAGAAUGGCAUUGCCUUCUCUGGGCACAGAACUGUUCCGAAGCAGACCACACAGGAGCCUUGGCUGGGUCUCUUCUUCAGGGGCGACAUCUCCAUCAUCAGCAAUUCCAAACCCGCCUACUUCUUGUGAGGUCAGGAACCACACGUGCAGCCAUAAUGUUCCUCCGGGUUUGGUGAUAAAUGACUUUCUUUUUAUUUGUGAUAAAAAUGUAUUAUAUUGCCUUAUUUAUUUUUAAUCUUGUACAAUAUUCAUGUACAAAUGUUAGAGCCAUUUGGGUAGGAUUCUCUUCAAAUUAUUUAUUUUAAGAUGCUCUGUAAAUAGUGCACCAGUUACAGGUGCUUCCUGUUCACUUGUACCAAAAAUGAGGAAAAGCCUGGCACCCACGUCAGCCCUUGCUUGUGAUGCUGUGGCCCUUGGGAAAUGACCCCUUUGUGUUCCCUUCUCAACCCUAGCAUGCCUCCCGUGCCUGACUUUGUAGAGUAGAACACAGCCCCAGAAUGCUUCUAAAUGCUUCCGUGGGCUGUGCCAACCUGGGACGGUCCACUCCUGGGGCGUCUAUCCCUGCAGGUGUAUGUCCCCACACACCCAGCAACCCAGUUGUCUCUCGGACUCCAAAGCCACCAGGGCUUCCGGACCCCUUCUGUCAUAGAAGCAAUAACCAUAACUACACUGUAGAGACAAGUCUGGCCCAAGCAGAUUGAUACUUCGGAAACUACCCAUGCAUGUGAGUUUGCUAUAGAGGACUGUCAUUCCAGGUCCCCACCCCUCCCAGAAGGCCCAGCUCUAACUUCUUGGUUUCUAGAGCUAGGAUUGGUACCCCCAGAGAGCUAAGCAGACUGAGCCAGCCACCAGUCCUGAGCCCUACAUUUUUGCUCACUGAGGAAUAAAGCUCAGGGCAGCCAUCCAACCCUGUAUCUGUACCUAUGCUUGAGUUGUGAUGCUUCGUCUGACUGAGGGUAGUAAUGGUUUGUUUCAGUGGUGCGAGCAUCAAAGGUAACAUUUCAAGGCACUCAUGGAAUACUAUUCAAAGAUCAUGAUGCCAUAUUCAAGGUUGCACAUCUCACCUUUAUCGGUGCCAUCCUGGUGAGAGAAAAGCUCUGUGUUGGAGAGGCUGAUUCCUGAGGUUACAACAGGAAAGGGCUAGGAAGGGAGCCCUGACUAGCAUAAAGUAUUCAGAGUGUGGGCUUAGUUGGAUGUGGCUAGCCUUUCAGAGAGCUCACAUUUUCUUUAAGUGCGAUCUGAAGCACUCUUGUGCCAUAACAUGUCCUGACAGCAGCCUGGAGAGGCUGUGUAGAUGACUUGCUGUAAUGGGCUGCUGGGUAAGAGGAGAGCAGAACGGAUUGUGGAAUCAGGGAAGGUUUCAUUUGAUUCUCCCAGCCAUCACCACUCUCAACAGGUAGGUUCUAGGACUCUCGGAGUCUCAGGGAUCUUGUUCAUAGCCUGUGCAGGGUUCGGUCGAUGGUGUAGGGGGUUUACAGAGCAGGUGUGUACCUUUCACAGGGAGCAUAAUAGUGCAGGGAAAGAACAUUCCUACAUAUAUUGCUCACCCAUCAGCACCAUGAGAGGCUGCAGAAGUGAUGCUCAUAUAUUACUUCUUUAAAUGGCUGAAUAUAGGUAACCCCCAGAAACUGACUUGCUAUGCUUUUUAGUGGCUUCAGUUUUUAAAGAGUGCUCUUACAUGCACAUACACACAAAAUAAAAACUCCAAACCCUUCUCCCAGUUGUUUGCCUUGGUAAAAUUAGUAAAGAACAAGUCUGCCAGCUCAGAUGUUAUGUGGGCCCUGAAGCAUCUUGCUUCUCUGACUGUGAUUGGCUUGAAUGUUUCCAUUUUGGGUUUGAACCAGUAGUUCCUCAUUUUCAUUUACAACUGCAGGCUUGGAGGUAGGUUGAUGGUUAAAAGUGUGUGUGUGUGUGUGUGUGUGUGUGUGUGUGUGUGUGUGUGUGUGUGUAGGCUGGGGGUCAGAGGAGUUGCAUUGGGUGGUGUCUGCUUGCUGAUGUGAUGGGACCCAGAGUUCAACAGGCAAAAUCAGAGCCGCCCUCAGCUGGCCUGGGGAAGCUAGCCUUUGUGUUUCGGGCAGAAAGAGGUCUCCAUCCAGGAACUGAGACACCCAGAUAAUGAUCUUGCUCACUAAUCAUUCUGAGCUCUUUGGCACCAGAGAGGAAAUGUGUUAGGAUGUUCACAGCUGCCAGGAGGAAUAUGCUGGAAAUGGAGGCUCUUUGGCCCUAAGCAACUCUCAGUGCCUGUGUGGUCAGUUGGUACCACAGGAGGCCAGUGUGGACCCAGAGGCACAAGGCCUGGAGCCCAGAGGGUAUGAGGCCUGGUCAGAGGAGCUCCACCUGGAGGGUAGGGAGGGGACGGAACUAAAGGGCAUAUUCAGGAAGGCUUCUGCUGCUCACGGGAUGGAGAAUUCUGGAGAGUUUGGUGUCCACAUAGAGAUGAUGUGGGGUGGCCUAAGUCUGCUGCUGGCUGAUGACCACUGCACAGGGUACUCCUGCCUGGGGCCUGUCUGCGAUGCUCUAGGGACUGGGGCCACACUUAGUUCAAAUCAAUGUGUGCUCCUGUGCACAUGUGUAAACGUGUGUGCAUGUCUUAUACAACAUAAAUUCUCCCUAGGAUUGAGAUGAUUAAUAGAAGGACCAAGAUUAAAUUUGAAUAGUCAGCUGACCAUCCUUUAGACACUUAGCAUCCCAUAAACCGAGGUGGCACCUGCCAAUUCCCACCCUCCCUUGGUGGGGGUUGAAGGAUGUCCAGUAAGGGCUGCUAACUCUCUUUUGCAAAGGGACUGUCAUCAGUAGCAACCUUCAGGCCCAGGUGCAUUGAGGCAACCUGUUGCUCCUGUUUCUUUUGUCUUGUUGGUUUGAGUACGUGUAGAGUACUGUGCAGAGGUGCCAGGGUGAGUGUGUAUCAGAACCCUUAAGGGAAGAACAAAGUGGCACCCACCUCAGGUACAUGAGCCCUUUCCUGCCCCCCAAGUUAUCGGAGCUUCUGUGGAGGCCACACCAUCUGUACAGUGGCAAGAACAAGACUAGGGAGGCUAGCACGAGUUGUGGUUCAUAAACUGUCUUAAAAUUCAGAAAAUGGACCACAGUCAUGCCACAUCCUUUGUCCUGACAAGUGAUAAGUCAUUUGAAAUUUAAUGAAUGUACUGAGUUUUCUUCAGCAUGCUACUAGCCUGCUAAGUCCACAGUCAACCACGGUGAGGUCAAUCAUCAUUGUCCCAUUAGUUACCAUGUUUGGUGGGGGAGGGGCUUUGUUAUGAGUGUAAAUUGAUCAAACAUGCAUUACUAGUAUUCCCAUGUAGCUUUGCAAUUCCUGGGCAUGCACAUCCGUGAACAACAGCCUGUGGAGGAAGUGGUGUAAUACUCAAAUACAUGUCCUGAGACUGCAACCCAGAGAGAGGGAGAGGCCACACCUCAUCUGUUCUGGCCAACCUGUGUGUAUUUUCUUACCGUUAGGGUCUCUGCUAAGCAAACUGCAUUCUGUAAGAACUGGGGCGCCGCUGAUGCUAUUGAGUAUACAAUGAUGCCUACUGUGGUGCAGGGCACCUCAUGGAGGCGGGUCCCUUCUGGGCAAGGCUUGCUUACAUCCCAUGUUUGGAGUAUGUGGCCAAGUGCUGUUUGUUUCUGUAGUCCUUGGCUUCUUGUUGCUAAAUUGGAGCCAUCUGUUUCCUUUCAGAUCAGGUGCAUGCCUCUAAAGUUCCAGACACCCAGCAAGAACUUAGAACACCUAGUCCAGUUACAGCUCUGUUAUUCAAUACUCUACAACCAUUUCAGCAUAUGCUUCUGACAGCCACAGCAGUGAAGGUGCCUUUCCAGGGAUUAAAGGGGAGUCUAGACAAAGUUCCCCAGGACUGUAUAGAAAGCAAUGAAGGGACUAUGAUGGAUGACAGGAAGUAUGUCAGCCUCUCAAGUACAGGGAUCCCACAUGCCUUCUAAGCUUUACCUACUGACGCCAGGCAGCAUCCACUUCAGAUACAUUGGUUUCCAAACAUUUCCAGCCAUGUCCUGAGAAUUAGCAUUUCAAUGGAGAUGCUAUCUAAGACUGAUUCCAGAAAUCUCUUAGACUUAAUCAACUCAGGAGGCCAACAGUUGCAGGCCAGUCCAUCUGCCUGUGGGUGGUGCCCCCAUCCCCCACGGCACUGCAGUGGGAAGUGGGCUUGACAGCAGCCAGAACUUGUUUCUCACCUCCCACCAGCAGCCUCCACUCAGCCCCAGGCUCCAGGUACAUGAAGCACAAGUCUCAGGGGACCGUUCCCAUCCUGUGGGGACCCCAAGGAAGCCCCCAGCAUCUCUUGCAUACACCACUGGCAGUGUGGGCACAACUGGCCACCAGGAGCACACAUGCCUGGGGAGGAGGGGCCUGCUCUGUUGCCUUCUUCCCUGUUAAAAUUGAGUAUAUGCAAGCCAUGUGCACUAGGGAAUUGCAUGCCCUGAAAUUCCUAACUGUGUGCACCUUAGUUUGAAGUUGACAUUAUGUAGCAUGCCCAAAAGAACGAAUGGGCUUGGGCUUGUCCUCCAGUCAUCUCUACUGCUUGUUGGGAGCACAGCGUUCCCCUCUGCCAGCCGACCCCAGGUUUUGGGGAACCAGUGUGGCUCCAGCACUUACUGUCCACUGCCUCCCUUCAGCCCAUGCUCCCUUUCCCACCAUCCUCUCACUUAGGGUGAUUGCUCACCAAUUUGCACAAAUGGGAAUGCCAUUAUGUCUUAGCAGUAAUUCCAUCUUGAUUUUAAAUAAGCCCAACGCCCACUUCUGGAUUUCCUUACUUUAAAAAAAGAAAAAUUAAAAAAAAAAAAAAAAAAGCAUGUAAGCACCUGUGUCCUGUGUUUAUCAAGAAAGCUUUGAGUCCCUCAGUGGGAUGAAGGGUGCAUGGACAAAGGGGGCAUUUUCUCCCACACAGUAAACCUACCAGAUGCGUCCGUAGCUGUGAGAACGCAAUGAUUAUAUUCACAAUAACUAUCACUGGGUAACCUCUCACAAUAGAUUUGUAUAAUCAAUACGGGUCUAUUUUUAUGUCAACUCUGUAGAGCACCUUCCAGUCUUUUUCAAGAUUGUUAAGUUGAGACAAGUAAUUGAAUAAUUUGUCCUAUUUUUAUUUAAAAAGUGAAUGGACUGAAAUGUUAAUGUGAAUGUACAUUUCUUAACUGCAACUUUUCUACUGAGUGUUUGCACUAUACUCUCUGGAGUCUUAUUUAACAAAAAUAAAAGAGAAAAACUGCUUGACUAAA